AUGAUACCUAUUAUUAUAAAUGGUGUAAAAAUGCAUGUAAAAAAAAAUAUUACUGUGUUACAAGCAUGUAAUUCAUUAAAUAUACAAAUACCAAAAUUUUGUUUUCAAGAAAAUUUAAAAAUUGCAGGUAAUUGUAGAAUGUGUUUAGUAGAAAUUAAAAAUUCACCUAAACCUGUAGCAUCUUGUGCUAUGCCUGUUAUGCCAAAUAUGGAAAUAUUUACUAACACUCCUUUAGUUCAAAAAGCACGUGAAAGUGUUUUAGAAUUUAUUUUAAUAAAUCAUCCUUUAGAUUGUCCUAUUUGUGAUCAAGCUUCAGAAUGUGAUUUACAAGAUCAAACAUUAAUUUUUGGUAGUGAUAAAAGUCGAUUUUUUUUUAAUAAAAAAAGAAGCGUUGAAGAUAAAAAUAUAGGCCCUUUUAUUAAAACUAUUAUGACUAGAUGUAUACAUUGUACUAGAUGUGUUAGAUUUGCUGAUGAAAUUUGUCGUAAUGAUCAUUUUGGUACUACUGGUAGAGGUAAUUCAACAGAAAUUAAUUUUUAUGAUAGAAAUAUAUUUUAUUCAGAAUUUUCAGGUAAUUUAAUUGAUCUAUGUCCGGUAGGAGCAUUAACUUCAAAACCUUAUGCUUUUAAAGCUAGAUCUUGGGAAUUAACAAAAAAAGAAGGUAUUGAUAUUUUAGACGCAAUAGGUUCAAAUCUAAAUAUAGAUACUUUAAAAAAUAAUAUUGUAAGAAUUUUACCUAAAACUAACGUUAAUAUUAAUAAAGAAUGGAUUAAUAAUAAAACUCGUUUUUUUUUUGAUAGUUUAAAAUAUCAAAGAAUAACUAAACCUUUAAUAAAAACAUCUGAAGGUUUUAAAGAGAUUUCUUGGGAAAAAGUUUUUGAAACUAUAAAUAAUGAAGUAUCAAAAAGAGAUCCUAGUCAAAUACAAGGUAUUGUAGGUAAUUUAACUGAUAUUGAAUCACAAUUUAUAUUAAAAAAAAAUUUAACUCAGUUAGGUAUAAAUAAUAUUUCAUAUUUAUAUGCAAAUAAAAAAGAAAAUAUUUUUAAUUCAGAUUUAUGUUCAAAUUUUUUAUUUAAUAGUUCUUUAAAAAAUAUUGAAAAUUCAGAUUUAUGCUUAAUUUUAAAUAGUGAUAUACGUUCAGAAGGUUCGAUAUUAAAUAUACAUUUAAUUAAUAGAUUUCAAAAAGGUAAUUUUAAAAUAGCAUCUAUAGGUCCUAAAUAUGAUUAUACUUAUCCUGUAGAUAAUUUAGGUUUAAAUAUUAAUACAUUAUUACAAAUAAUUGAAGGUAAACAUACUUUUUGUAAAGAAUUAAAAAAAGCUAAAAAUCCUACAAUAAUUAUAGGUAGUAAUUUUUUUUAUCAAUACAAAGAAGCUGCUUUUAUUUUAAAUAAAUUCAAAAAUUUAUCAUUUUUAAAUGGAAAAAAUUUUAAUAUUUUACAAACUCAAACUUCGUAUUUAAAUUUUCUUGAAAUAUUUAAUAAGAAAUAUAAUUUUGAAAAUAUCAAAACUAAUUUAUUUUAUUUAUAUAAUACUGAUUUUUAUAAAAAUUUAAAAGAUGAUAAUAAAAAUAAUUAUUAUAUUUAUCAAGGACAUCAUUUUAAUAUAGAUGCACAAAAAUCGAAUUUAAUUUUACCAGGUUUAACUUUUUUAGAAAAAGAAGGUUUAUAUAUUAAUACUGAAGGUUUAAUUCAAAAAAAUAAUACAAUAUUAAAAGUUAAAUCUUUACAAAAAUCAGAUAAUAAUAUAUUUAAAUUUUUAUAUAUUUUUUUAAAGAAAAAAAAUCAAAAAGAUAACAAAAAAAAUUUAUUUUUAGAAUUUAAUAAUGUUUAUUCUUAUUUAUAUAAAUCUAAAUUACAUAUUGUUAAUUUAUAUAAAAAAAAUACUAUUAAAAUAAAACAAAUUAAAAAAUAUAAAAUGUUUAAUUUAAAAAAAAAAUUAUAUAUUGAAAAUAUUUUAGAAAAUCAUUCAAAAAUAUUAACUCAAUCUAAAGUUAUUUUAAAAAAAAAAACAAAUAUUUUUUAA